AUGAAGCAAAGCAUCACGGUCAUCAUCGAGGUUCGAGCAAGAAGCUUGAUUCCGUUUUCGACCGUUGUUCCCGAGUUAAAGAGACGAUUGCAGCGACGCUGCGUUGCAACUGUCGUCCGCUCCUUCGGCAGUCCGAGUCUUUCGGUCGAUUCUCGAGCACUGAAUCCCACCAAGUUCCUCCAGCUCCAGUUUCCCAAGGCCUUCCCGCAUCUUCCCAAAGAUCGAAUUCUGAGUAGGCGGUCCUGCUACACGAAGCAGCGAAUUUCGUCUAGUCAUUGCACGACCGCUGUCCGGUCCCACCACCCAAACCACCCCAGCCUUGGAAGCACCCUCGCCCUUUACCCUGCAGCUGUCACAGCCAUCGUAGCCUUUACGCUCAUUUCCUGCAUCGUGGUGGCACUUAACGUCACAACCACGCAGCCUGGCGACCCACCAGACGCCUCCUCCUCCGUUGUCGCCAUGUCCCUUGAUGCCGCAGCACCUGGCCAUGUUGGCAACCUGACGCCAGAGCAGGAAGAGAAACUACGCCAACUAUGGAGUGCGAUAUUCAAGGUCUGCGGCGUAACAGAAACAUCCGCUUCGGACGAAACGCCAACCAUGCCUCUACCGAGGGCCGAAACUGAGUUUUCGCAGAAAAAAAAGCAUGGAAUAUUUCGAUGGAAGAGCGAGAACCCCGAGAGCACAACAGAGACGCGCCCCGCGGACGACAAUGACAGAUACGGACAGACGAAACAGUUCCAAAACACACUGGCCAGCCAGACACCCGAGUCUAUCCGUCAGGCUCUCUGGUCCAUGGUCAAGCACGACAACCCAGACGCUCUUGUACUGCGAUUCUUGCGGGCUCGAAAGUGGGACGUUGACAAGGCGAUUGUAAUGCUCAUUUCCGCCCUUAGUUGGAGGAACUCCCAGAUGAAAGUCGACUCUGACAUCAUGAUGAAUGGCGAAGGCGGUGCCGCUUUGGAUGAGAGGAAUGGCGCUGCUGACGCCAAGAAACUGGCAAGCGAUUUUAUGACGCAAUGCCGGACGGGGAUGAGUUUCCUGCAUGGCACUGACAAGGAAGGCCGUCCCAUCUGCAUCAUCAAGGUUCGCCUGCACAAGCCGGGUGCCCAAUCUGCAGAGAGUCUGGAGAGGUAUACCGUCUUUGUCAUUGAGACAGCUCGCAUGGCCCUCAAGGCACCUGUCGAUACCGCCACCGUCGUUUUCGACAUGACUGGGUUCACAUUGGCCAACAUGGAUUACCACCCGGUCAAGUUCAUGAUUCAAUGCUUCGAGGCAAACUAUCCCGAAUCUCUUGGAGCCGUCCUGGUCCACAAUUCCCCGUGGGUGUUUCAAGGAAUCUGGAGAAUCAUUCGCGGCUGGCUCGACCCUGUUGUGGCUGCCAAGGUUCAUUUCACCAACAACCGCGCUGGACUGGAGAAGUUCAUCGCCGCCAACCAGAUUAUCAAAGACCUAGGAGGUGACGAGGAUUGGGAGUUCACGUACGUGGAGCCCCGUGAAGGGGAGAAUGACGCCAUGAUGGAUACGAACACGAGAGAUCGGUUGCUUAAAGGUAGAGCGGAGUUGUACAAGGAAUUUGAGGCGGCAACUCAGAAAUGGAUCCAAGCGCCCGAUUCACAAGAAGGAAAGGAAGCCGCUGCCGAGCGGCCGAAGCUUGCGGAGAAGCUUAGAGUAGACUACUGGACCUUGGACCCGUAUGUGCGUUCGCGGUCUCUAUACGACCGUAUCGGCAACAUCCUGCCUGGCGGCGGUGUCAACUGGUAUAACAAGGACAAGAAUGCGACGGCCACGAGCUAA